GUCGGACCUCGGUUUUCACUGCGCUCGUAUAUUUCCACCGCUCAAGGUCACUUUCCAAUCAACCAGAUCUGAGGGCUAAGUUGACUAGAAAGAUUGCAUACCAAUCUCACCUCCAAGCCUAACUAAAUUCCAACAAUGGCGGAUCCAUUAUCAAUCGCUGCCAGCAUCGCCGGAGUCAUCAGCCUGGCAGACGUGGUGUUCAUUCGGACGAGAAAGUACUUGAAUUCCGUCAAGGACGCCGACGACGAGGUCAAGGAUUUUGCUCGGGAGGUCCUCCUGCUCGGUGGUGCCUUGCACAGUCUGUCCAAGUUGGCGCAAGGCCUUGAUGCAGGAGGAAUCACACAUCAGAGCACCGACGAUCCUCAGAUGCAUUAUAUCCAAGAAUGCAAUAACACUCUUGACGAAGUCGCAAAGCAAUUGAAAAGGUUUCAGGACUGUAAAGUCAUAAAAAAGCUCGCCUGGCCGUUCAAGUCCAACAAAAUGAAAGAGGUGUUGGCCAAAAUCUCCCGUCACAAGGAGAAUAUCAACCUCGCUCUCACAGCAGACUCCAUGGGAGGGUUACUCCAAGCUUUGUCUAUAGGCAAGGAGUUACAGAAGAACACAGAAAAAUUGCUCGAGGAUACCAAAAAAACCCGGGAGAUAGUCACUCGAAUCCACCAAGAUUCCGAACGCGAGAAGGUUAUCAAAUACUUCCUCCGGUACAACCCUCAGCAGAACUACGAAAUGAGCUGCUCCCUUCGUCACCCGAGGACCGGUCUUUGGCUUGCUCAGUCGCCUCAACUCCAAACCUGGUUGCAACGUCCUGGCUCAGCCCUGUGGCUCAGCGGAAUUCCUGGGGCCGGUAAAACUGUUCUUGCCGGCAUCAUUAUCAGAGAAGCCCUGAAGAAAAGUUCUGAAGAUGUUGCGACCGUCUUCUUCUUCUGUGACUACAAAGAUACCACAACCCAGACCACGGAAAACAUACUGUCCGCUCUAGCAUCGCAGCUUGCGAUACAGAAAGAAGAAGCCUAUGCUUGCCUCGGUGACUACUAUCGGGAGCUACACCCUCCAAACGCCUUGGAGAGGCGGCCCGAUGUUCCGGGUUUGCAAACUGUCCUAAUAAAUAUGAUUGACUUGUUUAAACAUGUUCACCUCAUUGUUGACGGCCUGGAUGAGUGUGGCGAAAACACUGACAAUGUCAUGAGAGGUGUUCUUGACAUCCUGGAGUGUCGUGACAACCUCCCAGUCUCGACCGCAUUGCUCAGUAGAGACGAACACAACAUUGCAAGUCGCCUCGAGAAUUUCACUCAAGUGGAAAUCGCAGCCCAUACCGCAGAUAUCACGGAGUAUGUCACUUCGGAGAUUGAGAAGCGAAUCUCGAACAAAAGCCUACGCAUUGACAAUUUGAGCCUCAAGGGUGAGAUUAUUGACCGCCUUGUCGACGGUGCCAAGGGAAUGUUUCGCUGGGUCGCCUGCCAAUUGGAUAUUUUAGGUGACUGCGCCAGUGACAAGGAAUGUCGGGAGAGUCUCGGAAAAUUGCCUCCAAGCUUGUAUGGAUCCUACCAGCGAAUAUUGGAACGUGUGCCAGAAGAAAGAAAACGUCUCGCGCAGAUGGUACUCAACUUCAUCGCAUUCCCCAAGCCUCGGAUGGAUACACGGGUUCUUAGGGAAGUACUUUCGGUUCCCGAGAAUCUAAGCGAGGUUCACACUCUGGAAUUGAACUCAAAUUCCGUCAUACGCGAGGAGAUAAUCUCGAAAGUCUGCCGGUCCUUGAUCCGCAAGUCCAACGGUGGCGGCUACUACGAGUUCGCGCACUUCUCUGUUCUUGAAUUUCUCAAGGGCGAGAUGAAAACAAUACCUGAGCUUGAGGCCUUUCAGGUAUCUGAAAGCAUUUGUCAGCUUCUGUUGGCAAAGCAAUGCUUGAACUACCUUCUCUGCCGGAACUUUACAUCCCUUCCCACUGAACGACAGGAAUUGCUGGACUAUAUUGAGGAAAGAGACAUUAAACAUCCAUUUUACACGUACGCUGCGCUGUUUUGGCCAAUCCUGGCGAGGAACCACUGGGGGGAUGAUGGACUGCUGCAAUCCGCCAAAGUCCUCUUCCAGCCAGAGAAAACCGGAAACUUUACUACGUGGACUCUUGAGCUCGCCUACACUGUUUCAAGUGGAUACGAGUCACCGUAUAGGAGCAUCUUCAUGGACACCGAAAUACGUCCUGAUCAAGACACUAUGGUCUGGCUUCUUCCUCAACUGGCUGAUAGAAACUUCACGACCCUUCACAUGGCGGCAGCGUUAUCGCUUGAGGCAGUCUGCGCCAAUUUGAUCGAUGUAUCCAAGCUGAGCAUAGAUCAGAGGAGUAGCUUUGGUUGUCCGCUACAAUGUGCUGUACAAAGCCUUGUUUUCAAGGAGCGUGGCUACUACCCCGACGAAUAUCAACAGUGCGAUUAUUGGGACGGACAAAUGGACAUAUCUGGUUUUGGACGGAAAAGCACUAUCAACCGCCUCAUAAAUUCGGGUGCAGAGCAUGUCAUUGCCUGCUCGAGUCCUUUUGCAGGCCAGACAUUGAUCACGGUCGCAGUGAAAGUGGGACGAAUGAUCUAUAACAUGAGUGUUGUCGGCAUCCUUCUAGCGGCUGGCUACAAACUGAGAGAAGCUGACCUGAGCGAAUUCGCCGAUUUCAGCAAGUCUGCAUUGGAGGAUCCCUUCUGCGGUGGCUCUGAUGAAUACCGGCUUGAGGGUCUGAUUCGCUCUCUAACGCCGAUAGUACGCAGAUCCGACGAGUCCACUCUUCAUUUCCGUCUAUGCCAGGCGGCAUGGUGGCUUGCUAUUGAGAUGGGAUGCGAGUUUACCCGACAACCUUUUACCGGCAUUGUUGACACAAGAAUAUCCACCUCACGGGAUGCUCUUGCGAAGACAAUUUUCAAGGCGGUCCGGAAUGGCGACCUGGACACACUCGCUGAGGCCGUGAAAGAUUCUCGAGCCAACAUAGCGAGUUUGACUGACGACAGCAACAAGACCAUCUUCGAAUACGCUUUUGACAACUUGAAGGAUUGGGAUGAUCCUUUCGACGCGCUCCAGAUAAUAAAACUGCUAGUCUCUUCUGGGAUAGAAGUCAAUGAACCGAAUCGUGACGGACUGCUGCCAAUACAUUCGUUUGCCCGACUUCAAUGGGACGAUUGGGACGAUGAUGAUAGCUGGUGUAAUUCUCUUCUCGACAUUCUCAGCGUUUUCAUUUCAAGAGGAACAGAUUGUACAGCACAAACUUUUGCAAAGCAGAACAUCUUUCAUCUCGGCUGUCAAUCUCUCAAUUUCAUCAGAGCAGUCUUGCGAACGGAGACACAACAUAACAUCCUGGAGGCUCUGAGAACACCAGACGAGAACAAAGACAGGCCGAUAGAAUUCGCUAUUUCUUGCGGACAUCAAAAGGCUACUCUGCUCCUUCUGGAGACAUGCUAUUGCGACCCUGAGUCCUUGGGAGACGCAGCCGGCAUUCUCGGCUUGUGUGUGGCGCAGAACGCACGCGACGCAUUCAAUGUUCUUCGUCGUGCAGGAAUUGGCUCAGAGGCCGAUAUGGCACCGCUGCUGCAUCACGUGGGGCCGAAGACAAGCAAAGAGCUUGUUCUUGAACUGGUUGGCCUGCUUUCUGAUGGCGAGAAAUUCCAAAUUGACAGCAAACUUCCACUGGACGCCUAUCUUGAGGCUUGCAUUCUCGGCAGCUCUCGGACUCUUGCUCUUAACACCGAUGUGUUCCAAUUAUUGGCCGCACCUGAACCUAAGGGACUCAGCCGGCAAGAAAAGCAAGUGGUGUGGAAGAAUAUCUCGAGGAUCAUACGAGAUAUGAGACUCAAAAAGGAGACCUACCAAGACAUGAAAAAAUGGAAGUUGGAAACCUUCAUUGCGAAAACGCUUGGCGGCCUGACGCAACUCGAAUUCAUUCAGUCUUAUGAGGCGGUCACCAACUCGGCCGCGAUACUGCCUUUGAUCAGGAAUGCACAUGCAACGCUCGACGGGUUAUGGCCCGUCUCAAGCGAGACGCUCUGCAAAAUAUUGGAGCACACGACCAUUAGGAACUUUUUUCGCGAGUCUAAAGCUAUGCAAAGAUUAUUGAAAGCAGCAGUCUCCUCUCAUGAUGCCAAGUUGUUGGAGCUUCUGCUUCAAAAGGGAGUCAGCGUGCACGAGCGUCGAGACUCAGCACUAUCCGCUCUGGAAAAAGCCUGCCUGGAUGGCUGCAGGACAGGCAUAUUCACCCUUCUUCUCGACCACGCCGACUCGUCCCGCCUUGACGAGGUGAAUCCCGAACAAAGCCAGGGAAAGGGGUUGAUCCACUACUUGACUGGGCCUGGGAAGGUGUGGCAACUCGAAGAGCUUCUGAAACGAGGCGUCAAUGUCAAUCUUUGCACCAACGUUCAUGUUCAAGGGUGGCCAGCUGUCGUCUUGCACUUGCUUGAAGGGUCAUCACAGUCUGCGAUGACACUGCUGGACAGUGGAGCCGACCCGACAGCCGCAAGUAUAUCUGGUAUAGAUGCUGCCUUGGCUGCUGCUUGGCGAGGCGAUCUUUCCUUCCUUCGUCGCCUGCAAAGAGGCGACGGUCACAAUUGGCAAAUUGACUGGCAGCGAACCUUCUCAUCUAAUCUGCCGGUCUCGGGCCUCGGAGAUGUUAAUUUCGGUGUGAAGCAACUCAACGCUCUUCAUUUGGCCGCCUGGACUGGUGAAUGCGAUGCGUUGAGGUUCUACAUGGACAACGGUCUUCUUACGGACGUCAACGCUAUGUCCCUCGAGCUGAUGACCCCAAUUUAUGUGGCAGCCCUCAACGGGCACAUGGAUGCUAUCAAACUCCUGUAUUCCCGAGGUGGCGAUAUUAAUUUGAAGUCCGCUGACGGAAGCUUACCUCUCCACGCAGCUGUGCGCAUGCGUCGCACCCAAGCUGUCCGGUUUCUUGUUGAGAAUGGAAGUGAUAUGGGUGCUGAUACACGCGGACUAAGCCCCAUCGAAUACGCCAUACAGCUACAGGACCAAUCAAUUAUUGAUUGUCUCAGCAAGACAAAGCAAUAUCUAGCCUACCAGGCUGAGGUCAGGAAACGCGAACACAAACUUUCCUACGCAUAUGAGCAAGCAUUGUUGCGAGGGGAUGUCAAUGGAUGUGAGCUCUUACGCAGCCAAGGCUGCCCAGUCAAUAUCGACUUACCGCAUCAAUAUGGCCGCUCUGCUUUGAUGUUAGCGAUUGAGAAUUUGCAUCAAGAGCUCAUCAAGUGGCUUCUAGCCAAUGGCGCAAAGGCUGCCGGGCUAGUUCGUACAAUGACUGGGAUUUGGAUGUCCCCUCUCCAGGCCAUGAUCAUGCGGCCCCAACUCAACACGGUGCUACCCCUUUUGCUUCACCAAGGCCAGAGCGAGAACGGCUCAGUCUUUUUCGACAUAUCGAAUCUGAUCUUCCUUGCAAUUCAGAAUAACAACAAUCUUGGACUUGAGCUCGUUCUUGACCAUUUCGCAAGGCACAGAACCGAAUUUGGCAACCGAGUUCCUGCUUAUCAGAGUGCUUCAUGGGUGAACCAACCCACGCUGCAGGGUGAAAGACCGUUGCAUCUGGCUGCCAGUCGAGGCAAUGCAGAAGCAGUCAAAUUGCUGCUGAAUUACGACGCGGACGUCAAUACAACUGACGGGCAGCGGAUGACGCCGCUGCAACGAGCUAUUGCAUUUGAACCGUCCAUGGAAUCUCCAGCGGCGAGGUUAUUGCUUCGCUGUGGAACAGCACUUGAGCAUCGAAAUGAGGUCGGUGAAACGGCUCUAAUGAUAGCAACAAAGCGAGGAAAUGGAUAUUUGGCUCGCUCCCUUCACGAUGCUGGCGCUGAUUUAAGAGCCGCGGAUUUCCAUUCGCAGACUUGUCUCCACCACGCAGCUUCUACUGGCCGACUGGACCUGUUCGUGUGGCUUGUGAAUCAUGGUCUAGACCUUAACGCCAAAAACUCCCUCGGGUGGUCGGCCAUCCAGUAUGCGUCAUGGAACAGGGUAUUCAGCUCCUUUAUUCUCAACUCUGGUUGCGUAUUGGAGGCGGGGGAGGCGGUAACUUAUGCAAACCCGGGAAACUUUAUGCGUGCGCCUCCAGCAUUCCUCAACGAGCACUUCGAGUUGUUUCUGCGACGACUUGGACUGGAUAGGCUCCGUGCAUGGGCUAAUUUCGAGCCCACAGAUUCGUGGAGCCCGCUUUGCAUGUCAGCUUCAAUGAAUCAGACACUUGCAGUGAUGAACAUUCUUCGGCUGGGUGCUGAAGUAGACUUCGAAGGAUGCCCAUGCGGCUCAGCUUUGAUGGUAGCGUGCUCCUCGGGUAGUCUGGAUUCUGUCAAGGCCCUGAUUCGUCAUGGAGCCUCCAUUUCUUAUAUUGGAGGGAGCGGGAACCGUUCAGCUGUUGAUGCGGCCAAAGGACACAAGGCUAUACUGGCUUGGUUGCUGGUUGAACGAUUCACGGGACAGAGAAAGAUUUCAGAUUCGGAGGAGGGCAGCUCAUCGCCCCACGUCGCUCACAUGGUGAAACCUUGGGGCGGGAGCGUGAAAGCAGAGAUGGUUAUCACGGGAACGUUCGAGAGGCAGGUGAAUGAGUCGUCUAGGGAUUACUGGAUACGUCUUAUGGGAUUGAAAAGAAGUAUGCGUGGGAGAGUCGUCCGCCAAGACACAGGGCAGACGCACAGGCUAUCACGACUGAUUCCCGAGGAACCAGUCCGAAUCUGUCCGGGAUAUUAUGGGGUGUCUGAGGAACAAAAUUGAAGAAGAGUUUUCUGCCAAUUUCUCAUUAAAGCGCUGCCUUUCCAGAAGCGAUUGGACGAUGCGAUCGAGUUUUCUGUAGGUCGGGUCGAUGGUGGGCCGAACCUCUGCAAAUGAGCUCCUAGCGUCUAGCGCCUGAGACAAAUUUGGCUGGUAUCUCGUUUUUGGAUGAAUAUGCAAUCUAUUUGGACUCGGUCAAGAGUAACGAAGCGGCCCUGAGACACAACAUUGCAUCUACGUUGACGCUUCGCUGCCCACAGGUUGUAGCCGCUCACCAACGGGGCCUAUCCCAUAAUUCUCGUCGCGGUGGCUUGCCAAUAUCUCAAUCUUGUUGGCACAGAUCUGACGGUGGUUUCGAUUAUUUGGUCUUUCUUGCGCAAGCCGUCCUAAAACACCGAUGCAGCCAAUUAACAGUCCAAUAUUAGAAGCCGGAUAUUUGUACAACCCCCUUUGGAUAUUCACACAACCAAUCUAACUAAUCAAGGCUGCAGCCAAUCAGAGGACUUUAUUUCACCCGGUGCCCAAAUCAGUGUUUUUUACUCUCUCCACGACACACCUAGUAACCACCUCUUUUCACAUACAUUAACUACACACCCACCACCCACAUAUCCCGAUUACAAUUAAAUCAUUAACAGAAUCAAUCAAUCCAGUACUAAAAACUAUCUCUAUCUAAUUAAAUAACAUUUUAUUGACAUUAUAGCAAUAGUGCUAGUCCCUAACUAUUCCAGGUAAAGAGGAUAUAGGUCAAC